UGUGGCUCCUUGUGAUGGCCGCCUUCUUCUUGGCCAGCGCCGCCGUCGCCUUCGGCCCUGAAGGCCUCCUCGGCAGCUCUCCCGCCACGACGGCGGUGAAGACGGCCCACCUUCUCUUCUUUGCAACAUCCUUGGGCGCCACCGUCUGGGCCAUCUUAGCGAGUGGCAUAAUCAUGUUCCUCCACUUGCCGAGGCACAUGAUGGGAAGGCUGCGCGGGAAGGUCUUUCCGGCGUGCUUCACGCUGAACGCAACGUGCACGGGCGUGUCCGCGGCCGCGUUCGCCUGGCUACACUAUCCGUGGAAGGCGGCACCGGCGGUCGAGCGCCGGCAGCUUGGGCUCCUUAUCGCCACCAUCGGGUUCGACCUCGCCAACCUGUUGCUCUUAGCGCCGAAGACCCUCAAGAUGAUGCAUGAGAGGCACAUAUUAGAGAGGGCCCUUGGCAUUGGCGAACAGGGGUCCAUCGAUGGCUUACGUACUACGAAGCACUGAUACUUCAGAAAUUUGUGUAUCGCCGUUCAGUACUUCGCCGAUACUCCGAUACUUCAGAUACGCUUUCGAUACUCGUAUUCCCGAAGUAUCGUCAUUUUCAAUUUAAAAGAAAUGGCUAUACGCGUAUCCUCAAAGUAUUAUCGCCGUUGUGUAUUGCCCAUGCCUUGAUGUAUCGUUGAUCUGUUCAUAUAGGUAGUGCAUGUGGACUGUACUACUGUAUUAAUUGAUAAAAAUGCUUGUUAAGGAUGUUGCUUGUGCAA